AUGCCAACAGACCUCCUACAGGCUCGCGCAUCGAAAACCGCCCAACUCUACGCCGACCCGCACAAUCCACACCUCUACCUUGACCGCGCCCGCCUCUAUGAGCAACUAGGUUUCCCCGAUCUCGCUGCGGCGGAUGCAUACCGGGCACUUUCGCUGCUGGAGUCUGUCGUUGAUCCGGAUGGAUGCGAGUUUCAUGCUAGGAAGGUUGAUACUACUGGCAAUGGGGAGAAGAAGGAUCGUGACGAUGGAGAUGAGGAGGGUGAAGAAGAAGAGGACGAAGACGAGGACGAGGACGAGGGAAUCCCCGUGACGCAGGAGGAAUACGAUGCGAUCAUUGGAGAUGUAUAUGCCGUGCUGGUACGCAGUCUCGUCCGAUGUGGCUGCUACCGCGAUGCGUUUGAAUUCGGCGUGCGUGGACUCGGACUACUUCGCGAAUUAGCUCUGGAGCAGAGCGCGGAUUCUAUCGCCAUUCUAAACGAGCAGAUGGACUCUAUCAAAACGAUUUACCAAUCUCGCACGGGUAUCAAGGACGAUAUCGAGCUGGACGCGAUUGACUCUGCUGUCCUGCCGGCACAGGGCUUUGCGCGUCGCAUCUUGUAUCCCUGGAACGAGCAUGAGCCUGAUCGUCGUGCGCCGGAGGAACUCGCCCUCUUGAACGAGAGACUGAAAGAUGUCGCGCCCAAGUGCGAGGUUCGUGCCGUGGUGCUGCCGGCGCUGCACGGGGAAACACCCGAUGAAGACGAAGUUUCCGUGCAACUGGGACUCUUCGCGAAGGAAGAUAUCGCGCCUGACGAGAUUAUCCUGCGGGAAUCGUCGUUUCUGACGGCUACGAAUCGUCUGCAUGAUGAUCUUUGCGACGCGUGUAAUGCGCCUCUUCCGGAUCUUUCUGCUGAGAAUCCUCCCGUUGGAUGUGAGGGUGGUUGUGCCGAUACCGUCUUUUGCAGUCAGGAAUGUCAUGAUACUGCGCAGAGGGUUUACCACGGGGCGAUCUGUGGUCUGGAAGAUGGUCUCGAGUCUAUUGGGAAGGAUAUCCCCGAUCCAAAGGAUAAAGCGGAUUAUCUAUACCUGCUCCUUCUAGGCCGAGCUCUCGCCAUGGCCGCCACACAGGACGUCCACGCCCUCGAUCUCCCCGAGGUCAAGUAUAUCUGGGGAGAUUUCCACGAGUUCGACCUCAACCUCGACAACUCCCCUUCCUCACCGGCAAAGGAUGAAUCCGCCACCCUCCCUUUCUCCUUCCAACUAAACAUCCUUCAACCAACCCGCAUCCUCGAAGAAAUGGAACUAAACCCCUACACCACCCUCCCCCGCCACGACACCUGGAUCCUCAACACACUCUACGCCAAAUUCCGCGGCACCGCCUCCGGCCGCCUAUCCACCUGGGACGGCGGGCCGGAACUCUGCGCCGUCCAUCCACUCUGGUGUCUGGCGAACCACUCGUGCGAUCCGAACGUGUGCUGGGAAUGGGGCGGGGAGAUUACUUUCCGCGCACGGAAUGACACGGAGACUGCUGUUUGGACGAGGACGGGUGAGGAGGGGGAUGGCAGGAUUGAGAUGAAAGAGCCGAAGAGGGGGGGGGAUUAA